AUGCCUCCUAAAUCGUCGAAACGCAAGCCGACCAGCAGCCACAGUGCAAACGGCAAAACCACCAAGAAGCCCAGAACCGGUCUUCGUGAGCCACAUCCUCUGGCUGCGGAGGCUGAAAAGCACGGAAUUGUGCUUCGAAAAUAUUACCCCCCUGAGAUGAGCAAUGACCGAGCUCGCGCAUACAAUAGGAACGAGAUUCCACGUCCAAUCGAGGACCUUGCUUCCGCGCUGGAUGAGACCGCUAAUCAACGCCAAAAGGUUCAUGUCAAGGAUUCCGUGGUCCAUUGGUUCAAGGCGGAUCUGCGUUGCAACGACAAUAGAGCCCUUGCACUUGCUAGCGAAAAGGCAAAGGAAGCUGGUGUGCCUUUAAUCGGCAUUUACAUCGUCAGCCCACAAGACUUUGAAGCUCACCUGACUUCCCCGGUGCGAGUAGACUUUAUACUAAGAACACUAGAGGUUCUCAAGAAAGAUUUGGGCAAGCUGGACAUUCCACUCCAUGUUGAGACGGUGGCGAAAAGGAAAGAGAUCCCUGACAGAAUCUUGGAAUUGAUGGAGGAGUGGGGGAGCAACCACUUGUUUGCAAAUAUGGAAUACGAGGUGGAUGAGCUACGCCGAGAAGCUGCCAUGGUCCGCGACCUUUCAGAGAAUGGCAAAUCCUUUGAGGUCGUUCAUGACACUUGCGUCGUGCCUCCGGGGCAACUGCAAAGUGGCUCUGGUAACCAGUAUGCCGUCUACACUCCAUGGUAUCGAUCCUGGGUAGCCCAUAUCCAUUCGGAUUUGGAGCUCCUUGAGCUCUUUGAUCCACCGAAUAGAAAUCCAGGAGCAGCGAGGAAACAGUUUGGCAAAUUAUUCGAUACCCCGGUUCCAGAAGCGCCAUCAAACAAGCAACUUACCGAUGAGGAAAGGAAGAGGUUUCGUUCUGUCUGGCCAGCCGGUGAGCACGCUGCCAGGGAGAGACUGGAAAAGUUUUGCGAAGAAAAGAUUGGUGGUUACAGCAACAAGAGAAAUAUUCCAGCGGAUGAUGGAACCUCUUCUUUGUCGGUGCAUCUGGCCGGCGGAACAAUCAGCAGCCGUACUUGUGUGCGUACAGCAAGGGAUAGGAACAAGACGAAGAGACUGGAUGGGGGUAAUGAGGGGAUCCGAGUCUGGAUAAGCGAGGUGGCCUGGCGUGACUUUUACAAACAUGUUCUUGUCAAUUGGCCAUACGUUUGUAUGAACAAGCCAUUUAAACCAGAGUACUCCAAUAUUACGUGGUCGUACGACGAAGACCAUUUCAAAGCUUGGUGUGAAGGCCGAACUGGGUUCCCAAUCGUUGAUGCUGCAAUGCGCCAGCUGAACCAGCUAGGUUACAUGCAUAACCGCUGUCGAAUGAUUGUCGCUUCAUUCUUAUCAAAAGAUCUACUCAUUGACUGGCGGAAGGGUGAGCGUUACUUUAUGGAGCACCUCAUCGACGGCGACUUCGCCAGCAACAAUGGCGGUUGGGGAUUCAGUGCCAGCGUUGGCGUUGACCCCCAACCAUACUUUCGCAUCUUCAAUCCGCUUCUACAAAGCGAGAAGUUUGACCCCGACGGUGAGUAUAUUCGCAAAUGGGUCCCUGAGCUGAAGGACUUGAACAACAAGGAGAUCCACGAGCCGUAUGGCCGUGGAGCCGAUGCCAAAGCCAAAAAGAAGGGGUAUCCAAAGCCAAUUGUCAAACACAAGGAUUGCAGAGACAGAGCAUUGAACGCGUACAAGGAGGGAAUCGCAAAUGGCAUGUAG